UGUCCGCGCCGCCGCGAUCUGCGCCGCCCCGCCCUCGCCCCGUUCGCGGCGCUCUCAGCCUCCUCGCCGCAACCCCCGCCGUAGCUGCCGCUGCUCCCGCCGUCACCGCCUCCGAGAACAUGGCCGUACCUCCCACAUACGCUGAUCUUGGCAAGUCCGCCAGAGAUGUCUUCACCAAGGGCUACGGCUUUGGCUUAAUAAAACUUGAUUUGAAAACGAAGUCCGAGAAUGGAUUGGAAUUUACCAGCUCAGGCUCUGCCAACACGGAAACCACCAAAGUGAACGGCAGUCUGGAAACCAAGUACCGAUGGACUGAGUACGGGCUAACCUUUACGGAGAAGUGGAACACGGACAACACCCUGGGCACCGAGAUCACGGUGGAAGACCAGCUUGCUCGUGGACUGAAGCUGACCUUUGAUUCAUCUUUCUCGCCUAACACUGGGAAAAAAAAUGCUAAAAUCAAGACAGGCUACAAGAGGGAGCACAUCAACCUAGGCUGCGAUGUGGACUUUGACAUUGCCGGGCCCUCCAUCCGGGGUGCUCUGGUGCUUGGCUACGAGGGUUGGCUGGCUGGCUACCAGAUGAAUUUCGAGACCUCAAAGUCCCGAGUGACCCAGAGCAACUUUGCAGUUGGCUACAAGACGGACGAAUUCCAGCUUCAUACUAAUGUGAACGAUGGGACAGAGUUCGGCGGCUCCAUUUACCAGAAGGUGAACAAGAAGUUGGAGACUGCUGUCAAUCUCGCCUGGACCGCAGGAAACAGUAACACUCGCUUUGGAAUAGCAGCCAAGUAUCAGGUCGACCCUGAUGCCUGUUUUUCGGCCAAAGUGAACAACUCCAGCCUGAUUGGCUUAGGGUACACUCAGACCCUAAAACCAGGUAUCAAACUGACGCUGUCAGCCCUUCUGGAUGGCAAGAACGUCAACGCGGGUGGCCACAAGCUUGGUCUAGGACUGGAAUUUCAAGCAUAAAUGAAUAUUGUACAAUCGUUAAUUUUAAACUAUUUUGCAGCAUAGCUACCUUCAGAUUUUAGUGUACCUUUUAAUGUCAUAUGUUGGGGAUUCGAGAGUUGACAAAUACCAUGUUAGACCUCCUCCAGACUAAGGAUGACUCGGAUUUAAGGUGUUACCAUUUCAGAGGUACAGCAGAAACCCCAUUCCAGAAAGGGUCCCUUUUAGCUGUAGGCGUGGGCUGGGGAGGAGCCCUCUAGAGAUGCCAGGCUGCCCGUGGAAGCUGGGAACAUGUGGACACUUUGUAAAUCUGUAUCCAGUCCCCAGAUGACAUCGAGACUUCCAGAGUAUCGAACCCUGUUCCCAUCAUGCCCUGUUCCCAUCCUAGCCCAGCAGUUACCUGUUUUACACCAAAAGUAGUCUCUAGGGUGUGGUUAGCUAUUUCUUUUGUGCCAUUUUAGGGUGGAGAGGGCGGGCAUGAUGGAGCCAGUCAUUCAGGACUUAAUUCUUCCUUGUGUUGUGGUGUGGUUUUCCUUCUUCUUCUUCUUCUUUUUUGUUUUUUUGGAUUUCUUCUUUUGCCAUUGCACCAGAGUAUGAAAUAGCUUCCGGGUUCUCCGGCUCUGAGCUGGUCACAUCCUGACAACACUAGGGAUCUCAACUGACUCCUCUUGUAGCCUCACCACUAUUUUUUAGCAGUUUAAUGGGUACAUUAUAGAGUCUUCCAUUUUGUGUGGAAUUAGCUCCUCCCCUUCAAAUGCUGUAAUUAACAUCACUUAAAAUAAAACUUGAAUAAAAUAUUGAAACCUCA